AACUGCACGAGCAGCCUCGGCCACCGGCCCUUCUGUUCCUCCACUCAUUCAUGUACAAGAGGACAAGAAGAGCGAUCGCCCGCUUCGAGCCGAUCCACGCUGUCCCUGUCGCACGCUCCGUCGUGUCGUCGUCCCGUUUCGCCUCCGCCGGCCGCGACCCAAAAGCAGGAAUCGCUCGUGAUCCAUCAUGGCCGACGGCGCGAACGACGGGGGGAAUCCGGGGGCAGAGGAGCAGCAGAGGCUCCUGGACCAGCACAAGGAGGCCCACUUCACCGCCGGCGAGAUCGUCCGCGACAUCAUCAUCGGCGUCUCCGAUGGCCUCACCGUCCCCUUCGCCCUCGCCGCCGGCCUCUCCGGCGCCAACGCCUCCUCGUCCAUCGUGCUCACCGCUGGCAUUGCCGAGGUCGCCGCCGGCGCCAUCUCCAUGGGUCUCGGCGGGUAUCUUGCGGCUAAGAGUGAGGCGGACAACUAUGCGAGGGAGUUGAAGAGAGAACAAGAAGAGAUCAUCAGAGUUCCAGAUACAGAGGCUGCGGAGGUAGCUGAGAUUCUUGCACGGUAUGGUAUAGAGCCCCAUGAAUAUGGUCCGGUUGUCAAUGCUCUGAGGAAGAAGCCCCAGGCGUGGCUUGAUUUCAUGAUGAAGUUUGAACUUGGACUCGAGAAGCCAGAUCCUAAGAGAGCGCUUCAAAGCGCGUUCACGAUUGCCAUUGCCUACGUCUUGGGUGGGCUUGUUCCUCUCAUUCCCUACAUGUUCAUUCCAGUAGCAAGAAAAGCUGUGGUAGCGUCUGUUAUCUUGACACUGAUGGCCUUGCUGAUCUUUGGGUAUGCCAAGGGCUACUUCACCGACAAUAAACCUUUCAAAAGUGCGUUGCAAACCGCUUUGAUCGGUGCCAUCGCUUCGGCAGCUGCUUUUGGCAUGGCGAAAGCCGUUCAAUCAUAGGCCUGUGUUGCUGCAAUAAAACUAGCAGUUUGCGGAGAGGACUUGAAGACGAGGAAGACAAUUGGUAAAGGACAUGUGUUAGGGGAACUAUACUUGCUUGAUGAUACUGCAAGUGUUGUUUGUUCUGCAGCUUCCUUACAUUAGAUCCAUUGUCAUUUGGGCCACCCAUCCUUGGAAAGUUUGAAGAAGUUAGAUCCCCAAUUUCAGUCUUUAUCUAGUCUUGAGUGUGAGUCAUGUCAGUUUGGAAAAUUGCACCGUAUUAGUUAUCGUCCAAGAGUCAAUAAAUAAACUUCUAAGCCGUUUGUGUUAGUUCAUUAUGAUAUAUGGGAUUCUCGUCCUACUCUUUUUAA